CUGAUCGUUUGUAGUAAAAACGUAUUCAUGGCCUUUUUGCGACAUUUUAGUGUAGUUUAAGCCACUGUAUUUUAACGUUUAAAAAAAAUAUAUUUAAACAUUGUGUCGUUGUCGUCGUCCUGAAUUUGACGAAAUGGCUUCCUUAGAGAUAAAUACUCCUGACACUCAAGAGGACCAAAAGGACUCCUGCACUGUGUUAGCUGACACUUCUUUUGCCCCUCUGAAUUUCUCUGGGCUCACACCAUCUCAAUUUGGUAUCUCUGUCCAGAGUUUUACCCCAGCAUCAUUACCCUCAUCAAAACGCAAAGAUAAGUCUCGUCUAGCCCAACUAAAAGCAAGGCGGAGGUCCUCUGUGGGUGUCCGAGGCUCUCCAGAGACCAACUCCCUCAUCCGCUUCAUCGCACAACAGAAAAUGAAGACUCCAACAUCCCAUCGCACUCCAGAGCUUGUCAAAAGUAGCCCCUUCCUUCCCCGGGUCGCCUCCACGCUGAAGCAGAAGAUGGCCUCGUUCCAGAGCCUGAUGGGUUUGGAGGAGAGUGAGGUCUGUGAAGCGAUGCCAAGGCAGGACAGCAACACUGGAGGAUGCAUCAAGACAAGAGAUUAUCUGUCUGAUAGAACAAAUCUUGAUGCAGGCAAAGAGAACCACCCACGCUUGAUGACGCCCACACCCGGCAAGAGGAGGCGCGUGGGCCCCAUUCAAGGCUGUGAGAUGGAGAUUAGAGAGGCCAGCGCUCCUACCCUCCACUUCAGUUUGAGGGAACAGGAGGAAGAAGAGCAACCAGUGAGACAAGGACCGGUCCAAUCCAGUGAAACAGUGGAAGAAGCACAAGCUGAGCUGAUUUCACCACCUUUCUUUGCUGACUGUGAACCACCCGUUUCCUCUGAGGUCAAGGCAUAUUCACCCACAGAGAAUCAGCAGGAGGGUGUCUUUGAACUCCAAAGCCUGAGCCGACCAACACCUGAUGACCCUGCAGCAGCUUCUCCAGCCCAGCCUGCCCCCCCUUUCCAAAUCCUCUCUCUGCCUUCUCUGCUGGAGAUGAAGCCCACAGGUGAGGUUGACUCCACUGUUGGCCCCACGGUUAAGAGGAAGAAAAAGCAGGUGCGCUUUGGACGUCCGCUGUCUCCUGAGCUGUUUGAUAAGACCCUGCCCCCCAGCACCCCGUUACAAAAGGGGUCCACACCAGCACGAGCACCCACACCAGGUGGGAGCUUAAAGCUGCGCUCACUGCUGAAAACACCCGAGAGGAAUGAACCCCAGACCCCAACCCAACAGGACCCCAGUAGCCCCACUAUGUUUGGUGCAUCCCCUACACUCAUAGUCCUUCGCAGCCGUAGAAUGUCAUCUACAGGAGAGGACGAUGAAGAAACAGACGGAAAGAUUGUUUUCCCAUCAAAAGAGGAAAUUAACAUAGCAGUGACUGAUGAUGCAGGCUUUACGUGGGAUGCUCAGCCAUUGAAUUUAAAUGAUGCUUUUGAUGAGGAGUUUCUUUCUCAGAUUCCAACAGAAUCUGAUUCCCAACCAAACACAGUGUCCCUGAUGGAUACCUUACAAACCCCUGAGCCUGUUUGUUUGAAGGGAAAAGAGACUCAACCUCAAGCAGAUGGUGAAGCUCCAGCUCCUGGCAGAUGUAGCAACAGAAGGAAAAAGGCUGCCCCGGAGCAUGGAUCUACCACUGAGUCUCCAGCUCCCUCCAGCAGUCGAAAGAGAAAGCAGCCAGAAGAGAGCGAACCUGUGAAGAGGUCGACACGCUCCGCUGCCAAGUCGGCCUCUGGGAAGAUGAAGAUGACCUCCACAGCAACACGUCGAUGGAACAGGGAGGUGGACCGUUCACUCUACGGCUCUCGGGAAUAUGCGUCCAAGAACCCUGCCCUGAGCCCCAUCACCGAGAGGCGGUCUUUCAUCAGUCAGUCUCCGGUGGUGCUGGAGUCUUUCUGCACUGCCCAACCCCAGGAGCCUCAACUUCACGUUUUCAGUAUUGGACAAUCAGGAAACGGUGACCUUGCAACUGAGGUGGCUACAGGUGACAUCAACGCCCCAAAUACUUUUACAGCUCCAGAGGUGUCUAUCUGUUUCCAAGACAGUGGCACUGGAAAGAGAAGAAGGAUGUCAGGGCGGAGAGGGGGAGGGAAGGCAAUCAAGGGAAGAAAGGUCAUUUCUGAAGGUAACCUCCAGGACCAAAUGGAAGAGAAAGUAGAUGAAUGCUGUGAAGGCCAAGCCACUAUAAGUCAGGAGGACUCUAAAGAAACUCUGUUGACGCAAACUAUACUUGAAAAUCUUGGAGAUGCCACUGAAGAACUUUGUGCUGCCAAUUCUGCACAAUCACUCUGCACAGACACUGAUGGGAAAGCAGAAUGUCCCACCAGAUCAGAUUCUCCCACCUCAGUCUGCCGUCCUGCAGGUGAAGAAUUCAAAGACACAUUAAGUUUGUCGGCCCAGCGAAAAGUCAAGCGGGGCCGGAGGAGCCAGAGGAGUCAGCCAGAGGAGGACAAAAUGAACCAUAAAGUGGAAGAGAGGGGACAGGGAGAACAAGCAGCAAGCCAGCAGGAAAAUAACAGGUCAGGCUCCGAUAGCCAUGAAGAAGAGAGAGCAGCCCAUCUGUGCCUCGCGCCCUGGCAGGCUGACUUUAAUUUUGAAGAUGUGUUCAAACCUGUCGCCGCCAGAGGGCAGCGCUCAGUCCGCCGCAGUCUCAGGAACCAAAGCAACCUCGAUCAUGGCAGCAACGGCACAGGACUGGCCUGGCUGCCUCACAUCUCCCCUGACUCCAGUAAAGAGGCCCGUAGGAGGACCAGGGGUCGGCGGCUCAGCGGCGCUCUACCUGCCAAGCCCUCAGUCCCUGAGGAGGACACAGCUGGGACUGAGACGGCUUAAGCUGACCACAUGAGACAAUGUCUGCCGCUCUGAAAUACGGGGAAUAAACAAUCAUCGUUAAACUGUCAUACAUGCCGUUUGUUUUCAUAAAAGUAAAUGAGAUGAAUUUUUGAAGAACAGUCUGUCUAUUUCACAUGAACUGAAAAAAAUUGUCCAUUUCUGUUCCUCAUGAAUUAUUAGACUUCACUAGUAAUUUGUGGCCGGUUUUCCUCCGGUAACCAAGUCAGUCAAUGCGCUGAGAGCCCAAUCAUCUCCGCUGACCUCCUUCCAAUCAAUACCAACCACUCGGCUGGUAAUCACAGUGCAUCUUCAGUCUCUCCAAAGUCACUGGAUCGAGCAUCUACAAGUCAAUACCUUCACUCUGUGGAUAGAUGAAGACUACAUUCACCAACUGUCAGGCUAGACUGGGCGCUGCUGGAAGAAUGGAAUACCAAUUUGCGGCACAAAAUGUUCUUUACACACAGAAUACAAAUAGGGAUGGAAUCAUUUGUUUUAUUUGGAGUUUGCUGGAUUUUAUUUUACUGUUAUUGCUGAUAAACCUCUCUGCAGAGAUCUGAUUGCAUUAUUAAGUUUUUAAUGGAUGUUCUUUCAGUCAGUUAUUACUACUAAUAGCUAGUCAGAUCGGCAGUGUUGUUUAAUUUAAAGUAAGUUUUGUUCUCAAAGAAUGUUCCCUGCCAGACUCCUUGAUUCUGAUUAAAUGCUUUGAUUGCGUAUAGACA